CCUCCGUCGGGCUCUCUGCGUGCGAGGUGCUCGUCGAGUCAGUCUGCGGCGAGACCCGCCCGGCCGAGCAGCAAGCAGCUCUGUCCUUUUCUCGCUCGCUCUCGCACCGGCGCCGAAACAGACGAAAGAGUGAUCGGCUUUCAACCCUUUGCGUUCGUCCUCCCACUGCGGUUGAGCACUGCUGAUCCGAAGCCUGCGGGACCUAAACAGCGCUGUGACAGCGGAAAGCGCGGAGAUUCCUUACUGUCUUUUGGCGAACGACGCGAGCGCAGCUGGUGCCGCCGCGGAGAAGCAGCUAAAGCAGCGAGGGGAACAGAGAGGAAGGAAGAGAAGUUCUGGACGAUGGUGUGAGCAGCAACAAGCCAUACAACCAUGGAUGCGGUGUGCUUGACGGACAACGUGAGCGACUGCCGCAACGGGUCUUUCGGCCCAGGGGGCGGCGACAAUGAGACGCAAGGGAUGAUGUGCGCGAGUCUGGACCAGCCGCUGCUGACGCUGAUGACGCAGAUCGUGUUCGCCGUCGUGUGCGUGGUUGGGCUGCUGGGCAACACGCUGGUCAUCUACGUGGUGGUGCGCUUCAGCAAGAUGCAGACCGUGACCAACAUGUACAUCGUGAACCUGGCGGUGGCCGACGAGUGUUUCCUCAUCGGCAUCCCCUUCCUGAUCGCCACCAUCUCGCUCGAGUCGUGGCCCUUCGGCACCACCAUGUGCAAGCUGUACAUGACGUCGACCAGCAUCAACCAGUUCACCAGCAGCAUCUUUCUGACCAUCAUGAGCGCCGACCGCUACGUGGCAGUUUGCCACCCCAUCUCGUCGCCGAAAAUCCGCACCCCGUUCGUGUCCAAGGUGGUGUCGCUGACGGCGUGGUCUGCAAGCGCUCUGCUCAUGGUGCCCAUCUUCAUGUACGCAAACACCGUGGAGAAGGACGACGAGAACAGCUGCAACAUCCUCUGGCCUGAGACGGAGACACUCGGCGGACAGACGGCGUUCACUCUUUACAGCUUCGUUCUGGGCUUCGCCAUCCCGCUGGUGCUCAUCUUCUGCUUCUACUUUUUGGUCAUCCGCAAACUGCAGACGGUCGGCCCGAAGCACAAGAGCCGCGAAAAGAAGAAGUCGCACCGCAAGGUGACCAAGCUGGUGCUGACCGUGAUCACGGUGUACGUCUUCUGUUGGCUGCCCUACUGGAUUACGCAGAUGGCACUCAUCUUCACGCCGCCGCACCAGUGCCAGUCGAAGGUGACCAUCACCAUCUUCCUGCUGGCCGGCUGCCUGAGCUAUUCCAACUCGGCGAUGAACCCCAUCCUGUACGCCUUCCUCUCGGACAACUUCAAGAAGAGCUUCCUGAAGGCGUGCACCUGCGCCACCGGCCGCGACGUCAACGCCACGCUGCACAUGGAGAACAGCGUGUUCCCGCGCAGGAACAAGGCCACCUCGGAGCGCAACAACCGCUCCGCCGGCCACAACCACUUCAACCUCGGCCCACCUACGGCCACGGCCGUCGAGGUCGCCUGCUCCAACCGCCGCGAGCAGACCUCCACCACGGCGCUCACCCUCACCUCCAGGUCCAACGCCAGCGACCCUGCGAACGUCGCCACCGCCGGAACCACCCCUGCCGCUGAGGAUGAGCAAGAGCGCCGCGAAAACGGACACGCGACCCCCUCCCCCACCCCUCUAAACGGCCAUGGAGCCCUCAUCCCCGCCACUGAUGUUUAAAUUUUCACUAUUUUAAUAGAUCACAUUGUUGUUCCGUGCUUUAUUUGGCGGUAUUUUCCAAAUUUUUUAAUACGCAGCACAGAAACUGUUUUUUCUAUACAAGAUAUUUAUCCAACUUUAGUUUAAAUUUAGAGAGGGUAUUUCCUGAGCAGGAAAAAUUUUACAAACCUGAAAUCUGUCCAUGCUUUUUUGGCUUCCGGAGAAAAAUUUAUCUCUCUUCUAUUCUACAACUACUUUUUAACUUUCCAAUAUGUUCUCGUACCUUGGAUAUUUUUUCUUUUGAAUCGUCAUGCAAUUUUUCACUGUCAAUAGUAGAAUUGAAAGUUGUAAAUAAUAUUGAAUCUACCUUGGUAUUAUUCUAAUUUUCAGGGCUGAGAAUGACAGAGGCUGUCUCACAAUUAGUGAAUUAGCAUGGUAUCCAUUUUAGCAGGUAGCCUUUGCGCCAUCUUUGCUUUUCAGAUAUUUUCAUACUAUGAAAUAAAAAAACCCUGUAGAAAUCUUAUUUCUUUGUGAUCACCAAACAGUUGAAAAGUUCCAAACUUUACUAAUUGAAAGUUUUAAUAACUCUAUCAUUUCCAAAACCGUUGGCUAAAAAAAUACCAGAACAUGUGUUCUUUUCGGUAAAGGAGCGGGAAAAUGCUAAAAUUUGAGGAAAAAUAACAAAAUUUAGAAAGGAAAUACUCUCUAGACGUCAUGGUCUUGGUAAACUUUUCAAUUUUCUUUUCGUCUCACUCUCCGUGUUUCGUAAUAACGUCGUUUGGACUUAGAAAGAGCCUCUCAUUGAGCCUGGAUGCUUUUUCCAUCACCAAACACGCUCUUUGUCCCUCCAUCUUUACGCGGUCUCUUCAAUAAUCUCGUUGGAUCUCGCCUCUGCCGCGCUUGAUUAUCCUGUGCUCUUCUGCUCGGGUGUGAUUUUCCCGCAUUUAUCUACAACACUCGAAUUUUCUCUGAUUAAUGGGACGAAAAUGUGUUGCUUAAUCAUGUAAAGCUUGCUCUAUAUAAAUUAACUGUAAAUUGUGAAAGGAAGCGAAUUGUGUCUGGCACCCAUUUCUAUAUAUAUA